AUGCUGCACAUCCGAGGCUUUGACCCGGGAGGCCUGGGCAAGGCCGUCGUUGUUGAUCUCGGCGGCGGUAACGGCCACAUCAGCGUCCCCAUUGCCCGGGCGCAUCCGCACCUGGAAGCUUUUGUUCAGGUCUUGGAGACUAAUGCAGAGCCAGCAAAAGCGGCAGCACCAGAUGAGCGGCGAAACAGGGUGACAUUCCAAACCAAAAACUUUUUCCUGCCCAAGGCCACAGCCUACGGGUUUGGUCCGGCCGUCACCAACAGCUUACUCGUCAGCAGAGUCCAGCACGACUUGCCGGACAGAGAUUGCAUGAAAAUCCUCAAGGCCUUGAUCCUAGUCUUGGACAAUGGGAAGUCGAAACUGUUCAUUGUCGACCAGGUGCUGCCAGACAAACCCGGGGAGAUUUUUUUGUAUCAAGAGGCGCUGAUGCGAAGUUUGGCCCUUCUUAUGUACAACAUGGUGGGCGGCAAGGAACGAAGUUUGGGUGAAUGGGAGACUUUGUUCAAGGAGGCCGAUGGGAGAUGGAGGAUUGAGAGAGUGGACACUCCGGUAAAAAUUCAGACCUGCGCGUGUUGGAGGUUGUAA